GACGGAUUUCUACGCAGGCGCAGACGCCUUUCUCGCCCCCACCGCCUCUGCCACCGUGCGCAGGCGCAGAAAGGCGCGCUGGCAACCUCCGCAGCGGCCGCGCGCUCCUUUCACCUGGCUGGCUGCUUUUGUCUCGCGCUCCUACUCAAAGCCCCCCUGAGGUUGAGCUUUCUUUUCUUCUGCUCUCCCCACAGGGAGAGCCAGGUGCCGAGAGCCGGGACCCCGCCCCCUUUUCUGCAAUCCCUUCCCAGACCUUUACUCGUCUCCGUCCUCCUUCCCCUUUUCGAUUCUCGACGCCGGAAGGAGCCGAAGUGACGACGGAAAAAGCCGAAGGUGUUUUCCGAGAGUGAGACCUUUCCGAAGCGGUCGGAAGGAGCCGAAGUUCUCCGGAAGGGGAGGAGCGAGCGAGUAGAACCUCCGGAAAGAGCCGAAGCUUGAAAUCGAGUUUAAUCUCUGUAGGGGCCUGUGGGCGAGCGCCGGAAACCUUCGGAAAGGGCCGAAGUCUGGGACGGUUAGGAUUGUGGGAAGUGACCGACGGCUUGGACAGAGUCGGCGAAAAAGAUCGGGGUGAAUCUUCGGACAAAGCCAAAAACUGAGACGGUUUGAAUUGUUGGAAGAAGCCGAAUUCUUAGAGGGGACUGGGCGCUGAGGAAAUCGAGACCCACGGAAACCUCCGAAUGUUGAGACCCUAAUCUCCGAAAAGUUACCGAAACCUAGGAAGCGGGAGAACUGUCGCUUCGGGUGUUUUCGGAAGUGGCCGAAGCCGCUGCCAGCCUAUCCUUUGAUCUGCAGUCCGGAAAUAGCCGACGCGUUUCGGAGCCAGGCUUGGUGGAGAGGGGCAGCUUGCGGGGGGGUGGGUGGGCGGGGCGAGGGGGUGGAGCCGGGGCGGGGCGCUGGGGGCUUGAUUAGGUAGGCGACGAAGCGCCGGCGGCGCCGGAAGUAGCCGAAGCCAGCGGCGGAAGUAGCCGAAGCGGCCAGAGCGGGCGGGCGGCAAGGCGAGGCGAGAGCUGCACAGGGCCCUACGCGGCCGCCUCAGCAUGUCGGACUUCGACGAGUUCGAGCGGCAGCUCAACGAGAAUAAACAAGAACGGGACAAGGAGAACCGUCAUCGGAAGCGCAGCCACAGCCGCUCUCGGAGCCGGGACCGCAAACGCAGGAGCCGGAGCCGGGACCGACGCAACCGGGACCAGCGCAGUGCCUCUCGGGACCGGCGACGACGAAGCAAACCUUUGACCAGAGGCGCUAAAGAGGAGCACGGUGGAUUGAUUCGUUCCCCCCGCCAUGAGAAGAAGAAGAAGGUUCGUAAAUACUGGGACGUGCCACCACCUGGCUUUGAGCAUAUCACCCCAAUGCAGUACAAGGCCAUGCAAGCUGCGGGUCAGAUUCCAGCUACCGCCCUUCUCCCCACCAUGACCCCUGAUGGUCUGGCAGUGACCCCAACGCCAGUGCCUGUGGUUGGGAGCCAGAUGACCAGACAAGCCCGGCGCCUCUACGUGGGCAACAUCCCUUUUGGCAUCACUGAGGAGGCCAUGAUGGAUUUCUUCAACGCCCAGAUGCGCCUGGGGGGGCUAACCCAGGCCCCUGGCAACCCGGUCUUGGCUGUGCAGAUUAACCAAGACAAGAAUUUUGCCUUUUUGGAGUUCCGCUCAGUGGAUGAGACUACCCAGGCCAUGGCCUUUGAUGGCAUCAUCUUCCAGGGACAGUCACUGAAGAUCCGUAGGCCUCAUGACUACCAGCCACUGCCUGGCAUGUCGGAGAAUCCGUCUGUCUAUGUGCCUGGAGUUGUGUCCACUGUGGUCCCUGACUCUGCCCACAAGCUAUUCAUUGGGGGCUUACCUAACUACCUGAAUGAUGACCAGGUCAAAGAGCUACUGACAUCGUUUGGGCCUCUUAAGGCCUUCAACCUGGUCAAGGACAGUGCCACAGGGCUCUCCAAGGGCUAUGCCUUCUGUGAGUACGUGGACAUCAACGUCACGGAUCAGGCCAUUGCUGGGCUGAAUGGGAUGCAGCUGGGGGAUAAAAAGCUGCUUGUCCAAAGGGCAAGCGUAGGAGCCAAGAACGCCACGCUGGUGAGCCCCCCGAGCACCAUCAAUCAGACACCAGUGACGCUGCAGGUGCCGGGCCUGAUGAGCUCACAGGUACAGAUGGGCGGCCACCCUACUGAGGUCCUGUGCCUCAUGAACAUGGUGCUGCCAGAGGAGCUGCUGGAUGAUGAGGAGUACGAGGAGAUUGUGGAGGAUGUGCGAGAUGAGUGCAGCAAGUACGGGCUUGUCAAGUCCAUCGAGAUCCCCCGGCCUGUGGAUGGCGUCGAGGUGCCUGGCUGCGGAAAGAUCUUUGUGGAGUUCACCUCUGUAUUUGACUGCCAGAAAGCCAUGCAGGGCCUGACGGGUCGCAAAUUCGCCAACAGAGUGGUUGUCACAAAAUAUUGUGACCCCGACUCUUACCACCGCCGGGACUUCUGGUAGAGGUGGCCUGGGGAGGGUGGGGGCAGGGCUGGCUGGAGGCUUCUCUCCCCGCCUGUCCCCCCCUUUCCCCCCUCUGAAGAUGAUGGGCAGAGGAGUGACAGCCGAAUGACAGCCUGACAGCCGGCAGCAACUGGAAUGGCAGCAAUUAAGGGUGGGGGGUGGGGGGUUGGGAGGUUAGGGCAGGGAAGGGACUGGGGAAGUACACACAGGCCCACACAGACACGCACCCACACAGACACAGAGGGAAGGGGUUGGGAUGGGGACGGGCGCACAGCAGGGCGGGUAGGACCCCCAUGGCCCCUCCCAAUACAGUCUUUCCUCCCUUACACCCCWUUUCUCCUCCCCUUCCCCAUGGUAGGAACAUAGCGUGUUUAUAUUUUAUGGCCAAACUAUUUUGAAUUUUGUUGUCCGGCCCUCGGUGCCCUGCCCUCUUCCCUUUGCAGGACCACAGCUCCCGUCCUCUGGUCCGCCCUGGUUUCCCUGGUUUCUGAAGUAGUUGGUUCUCUAUGGCCUUCCCUGACUCGCUCCCACCCUAGUCCCGUGGCCCCUGUCCCUCUCCUCCUCUCUGUGGCAGUUUCAUAUUUGCUAAGACGAAUUUGCUCAUUAAACAUUUUGUUGUAUUUUACUUUA